UCUGGUGGUGGUGUUAUUUGUGAUACAGGCACGAAGGGUCCCGCGUGUGAUAAAGUCCUUAAGCCACCUGCAGAUUCUCCUCCUGAGUGUACGGAACAACCUGACAAUGAGAAAUGCACUCCCAAUGAUGCUGAUGGUGAAGACAGGUGCCCUAAAGAAUCCAAACCUUGUUCACCAAAGGAACCAGCGCCAACUACACCAAAGGAACCAGGUCCUUCUGAUGUUGCCGGUGACUUAGGUACUGCUGGUCAUGCUGGACCUGUUGGUCCUUCUGGUCCAGUUGAUCCUGAUAGAAGAGAAAGUGGCCAAGUUCCACCUGGACCUCCUGGUGAGAAAUCCACAGACCCUCGUGCUGCUGAAGAUGGUAAGGUAAGUCAAGACGACGCUCAUGGUUCCGGUCCUGCUGCUCACUCUUCACCACAACUUUCUACUGGAUCACUUCCACCUUCAGGUUCUAGUACAACUUUGAGUCCUUCUGCUUCUGCUGGUCCUGGUAGUCGUGUUACCAAUGGAUCAGAUAAUGGUUCUGAUGUUGGUACACGGAGUGAAGAUCAACAUGGACCAGGUGUCAUUGGUGCUUCUGGUGAAGAUGGAACUGGUGGUCAACCUGCAGUUUCUGCUACUGCGCCUGCAGUUAACAGUGAACCAGGAAACAACGACAACAAUGCAUCCAAUGAAAGUAAAGAAAACAAGAGUGAUGCCGACACAUCAUCUUCUUCUUCU